AUGUCUGGACAUCAGAACAAGAAGAGAAAGCAGGACUUUCGAGAGCCUCAACACCAACAUCAGAAUGCCGAGGAGAUGGUCGAUACUUCGAGGCCGUCAGCGGUUUUCACACCUACAGGUGGUCGUCAACACACAUUAAGUAUUGCGCUGCCUGGCAGUGUGAUCGCAAAUGCCCAAUCACAUGAUCUCAAAACAAUCAUGGCUGCACAGGUGGCGCGAGCAUGCGCUGUCUUUCAGGUCGAUGAAAUUGUCGUUUUCAAUGACGGCCAAUCACAAACUGGAGCUCGCCCUCGAAAAGGUUUCGAAGGAGAUGGCUACACGGGCUACUCUGAUCCUGAUGAUUUCCUCUACCAUGUCCUCAGCUACCUGGAAACACCCCCACAUCUGAGGAAGACGCUCUUCCCCAUGCACCCUAACCUUCGAACCGCUGGAGCCAUGCCGAGUUUGGACAUGCCACAUCACCUGCGCGCAAAUGAAUGGUGUCAGUAUCGCGAAGGAGUAACAAUGGGCGCGGAUGCAGCAUUCGCAGAGCCUCAAAGCAAGCGCAGCAAGGGCUACGCCGUCUCGACUCUAGUUGAUUGCGGCCUGCCUGUGAAAACGCGCGUGCCAGUCGCAGUACCUCCUGGGUCCCGUGUCACGCUCAAAUUUGAUUCUGCCGAAGAGCCCCAGAUGGACGGCUAUACUCCCUUAGAUGCCGAAGCCGUGUCACCAGAUACACCGAGAGAGGAUGCCGGCUACUACUGGGGGUACUCAACAAGGAUGGCGUCGUCCCUUUCAGCCGUAUUUACGGAGUGCCCCUAUGAUGGCGGCUACGAUAUUAGCUUCGGUACAUCCGAGCGAGGUGUGGAUCUGACAUCUCUUCUCGGCGCAUCAGACAAUAGCUCUGAAGUACCACCAAUUCCGAGCCAAUGGAGGCAUAUGGUGGUUGUAUUCGGCGGCGUUGCAGGUCUUGAGGUUGCCUUGAAGGCGGACAAGAAUCUAACAUCCAAGGGCGUCACGGAGGCCAAAGACGUAUUCGACUAUUGGGUCAAUCUCGUGCCUCAGCAAGGAAGCAGAACAAUUCGCACAGAAGAGGCGGUCUGGCUCGGAUUGAUGGGCUUGCGCACUAUCGUACAGGACCGACAAGAAGCGACAUGA